AUGAAGUUCCCAAUUUUCUUCUUCUUGGCCAUCAUUACCUCCAGCCCUGGCCUCGCACUCCCUGGCCUCCUUGCGCUACCCAAAGAUGGUAAUGACGGCUGCGGCGCGGCAUGUCAAGCGAUCAAAGACGGCCUCGGACUAGGAAUAUCAAGCCCUACCUGCUCCGGUCUUACUGGCGACUAUUGUGCGAACCACUGCGAAUGCUCCGCCAGUGGCAUUAUGGAUUGCAAGAACACCAAUGGUCUCAAGAUCCUCUCAAGUAACACCAAGUGCUCGGACGAUGCAGUCACCAAGGCCUGUGUGCAGGGGUUGAAGAACCAAUGGGAAUGCUGGUGUCAGAACCUGUUUGCUCCAGAAUGGGGACCAGGGGAGAAUGCGGGUGAGACGUGCGGGAAUCUCUUUGCCAAGGUCAAGACCUAUCUCGACGACUGA